CAACGUCUUCCGCUCUUUGCCAUUCACUCUUUGUCCACACGCUGGAGGAGAUCUCAAGCCUAGAUGUCAUAAACACUUGGUUCCUACUGUGAUUGAACAUCCGAUCAGCUAACUAAAGUCAAAUUUCCUUACAGACUGUCCACACGUAAUGAAACACAUGUGAAAUAUGAGGAGAGAAAUUGCAGCUGUGGUAUUCUUCCUCAAGAGGCUUGUGAAAAAGGGGGAGAAGCUGGAAUCGCACAAGGUUGAGCUGUUUGUUGAGAGGCUGGCUGUUGCACUGCAGGAGAAGUUCAAGGGGCACUGGUACCCUGAAAACCCCAGCAAAGGACAGGCAUACAGGUGCAUCCGAGUGAACAGGUUCCACAGGCAGGAUCCAGAGCUCCUUCGGGCCUGCCAGGAGAGCGGGGUUCAGUACAGUGACCUGCGACUGCCCCGUGAACUCACACUGUGGGUGGACCCUGGGGAGGUCUGUUGCAGGUAUGGAGAACAGAAUCCUUGCUUCUCAGUGGCCAAUUUCUCUAGUGAUGAGGAAGAGGACAAAGAUGUCGCAAAGAAGGUGACCAGCGCUUUGGAGAGGGUGACAUCAGACUACCACUCAGGUUCUUCCUCCGAUGAGGAGAGCACACGCACUUCCCCCCUUACUAUUGCCAACGGCCGCUGUGCUUACCAGGUGAUGAAUCCAACAGCUCCUACAUGGCAUCCGAAAAAAAUGGUACCAGGGCAAGGUCUCAUCCUUCCACGGCCUCACUACGGUUUCAGGCCUCGGAGCAGAGCCCCCCACACUUCAAGGCAGAAAGUGUGGUUCCCUCCUGGCUAUAGAGGAGGGCCUGGAUACUGGGACACAAACCCAAAUCUGGCACAUUGUUACAGUUAGGAAUCAUGGUGCAUAUUGUUCACACUGGACAUUAAAGCUGAACACAACUUAAAGAUGACCGACCAAUGUUUUUUUUUUUUUUUUUUUUUUACAUGAAUUUUUAUAGCUUAAAUAUUGAUUGUUUUUGAAAAGUAUUUUUUGCACUUUAGACCAUUUCUUAUAGUUUGAAUGAAUCACUUGUAUUAAAUUAGUUAUUGAAAUUGGAAUACUACACAGCCUUGAAGUACUGUAUUUUUACAAUGGGAGACGCUCAUGUAUGCCACCUACUGUCCUUUGUGAUAAAAUGUUUUAUUUAUUCAUAGUGUAGAAUUCUCAGAUGUAUAGGCUUAAAUUUAUGAAGUUUUAUUAAACACAAUUUCCAAGCAUGAUAA